GUGAAGGGUCUGUCGCUAACUGAGGCCAAACUUCAUUUCAUCAAAGCCUGGCAGGCGUUACCCGAUUACGGAAUCUCUCUUUUUGUCGUCAAGUUUUCCACUUCUAAACGAGAGGAAUUGCUUGGCGUGGCAUUCAAUAGACUGAUGCGAAUGGAUGUGAACACUGGCGACCACAACAAGACGUGGCGGUUCAAUACGAUGAAGGCGUGGAACGUUAAUUGGGAAGUGAAACAAAUGUUGGUUCAGUUCGAAGAGGAAGACGUGGCCUUUUCCUGUCUCAGCGCCGACUGUAAAAUAGUUCACGAAUUCAUCGGCGGUUAUAUAUUCUUAUCCAUGCGAUCGAAAGAUCAAAACCAAACAUUAAACGAAGAGUUGUUCCAUAAACUAACCGGCGGUUGGAUUUAGAGCUUAAGUCCUUUUCUAAUCAAAUUCAUUAUAAGUAUAACUCGAUUAACAUUAGUUACGGUUUAAAUGUUUUAACAAAACGUUUUAUCAUUUGAAUAUAAUGUGUCCUAAUUGUGAGUUUAACUUAAAAAACAGUUUGUCACUCAAUUAGUGUCAUUUUGGACUAUAAGUUAAUUACAUAAUUAUAUGAAAGUUUUAAUUUAAUUUACAAAACCAUAAAAUAUUUUGUAAAAACAAUUAUAUGAGCGAUUGGUUGAAUUGUUUGCCUAUUGUUUGGUACAAAUAGAUAUCAAAUCGUUAAAAGUCAAAACAAAUUGCAAUUAAUUAACUUAUUAAUUAUAUUCUAUUGUAAAAUCAAUACAAAAAACAAUGCAAUACUCAACGAAAAAUAUUGUAUAAAAUUAAUUGACAACAAUGUAUAUGAAGUUACAUCGAGAACGUGUAUAUCGAGAACACCACUGACUACACAUUACACUGUAAUUUGUUUUGGCCUUCAAUUUGAAAAAACCAUUGGAUAUAUUCUUUGGCCUUAGAUUUAUUGAAAUGUUUGUCUUUGAAAAGUCAUUUUAAAAGUCAAAACAAUGUUUUCAAUGCAAUUAAUUGGUUAAACACAAAGUGAGAGAGAGAUACCACACAAUUGUAAAACAACGUUCAGCCGAUUUGAUAACUUUUUUGUUGAGCGGCUAAUAUGUAAAGAUGGUCAAUCUAGGUCACUUAACUCUUAAAUGUUUGUUAUGAUUACAGAAUAUGGUAUAACUAUCUUUAUAACUAAAAACCAUUUAAUUAACAGUCAUUUUUACUGAUUAUCCAUUUUUAUUAAAAUAUUAUCUUUUAUUUCCAUAACUAAAACUCUAGACAACGACUCUUCACUUAUUAUGAAAUGUGCCUUAAAUAUGAC